CACGCUCACGCAUUAGUACGCUGGCGGAAUCGAACGCGUCUGUCUGUCCGUCACUCCCUCGUUAACUUUCAAGGUUCAAUAUGUGGUGUACAUACUUUGCCGUUGCGGUGGCUUUGGUCGCCACCGCGGACGCGUACUCCGCGGGCGCUCCCACAGGAGCCUGCAAGGACAUGAUCCCGAGGCACCCUGUGUCUGCCCAGACCAGGCAACCACCUUACACCAUCACUACUAGCACUAAGACUGUUAAAGGAGGAAACUCCAUGGAGGUGACGAUCUCGGGCAAGUCUCCGUCUGACAAGAUCCGUGGUCUGCUGCUGCAGGCCAGGUCUGGAGACGAUAUCGUCGGGAGCUUCAAGGUCGACCCUAAGGACCCCUUCGCGCAACUGCUCAACUGUGGAACACCAGAUAACGCAGUGACCCACAAAAAACACGACGAAAGCGAGGAUAAACAGACCGUCAAGUUUACAUGGACGCCCCCUGCAGACUUGAAGGGAGAAAUUAAAUUCAGAGCCACCAUCGCACUGAAUGGCGCGGUGUUUUGGGUGGGUGUAGAAUCGGCCCCAGUCAGAGUGGUUUAACUAAUUCUACAUGAAUACGUAGAUCAUUAUGUACCUACUACUAAGUUUAUUGUCUUACAAGCAGAAUAAAAAAAGAUAAUACAGAAUUUUACAAAAUUGUUCCCUUAUAAUGUAAAAUAGAUAUACUAUGUAGCAUAAACUUCGAUUAGUUGGGAACACGCCUUUGUCAAAUUUUAACGCGUAAAUGCUUGAUAGCCUAUUAUUGUACAGGUAUUGAUUUUGUAUUAAU